AUGGCGUAUUCAAACUCUAACGAAUCUGCUAGCUGGCCGUCAUGGCUUAUGGCUUGCGUGAGGUGCUUCCCGAAGGAGAAACCUAAGGCGCCAACUUACCCCGAAUUCGCCACUGUUUCAUACGACAAUGCGGCGCUAGGGCCAUUACCUUUCAUGAUGAAGCCCAUUCCUGGUAGAACCGUACGAUCGUCUGAUAGAAAUCCUAGAAUUGAAUACGACACAAGUGGUCAGGGAUCGAUCACGUCUCAGCCUCAACAAAUUCAGUAUUUCUCGGCGAACCAGAGCCAGAGCACACUAGCCAGACCGACGACGGCCUCGUCGGCUACUACAGCCUACCAGCGCUUCCCAGUUAACACUGGUAAUGUCUACGGUGCCGACAACAAAGAUCCCCGCGAGCGUUGGUCGAAGGCGUACCUUACCCCUCGCCAGUUCGCAGAGCUACUCGAUAACAUCCACGCUACACUAGCGCAUGUUCCCUACGCGAUUUGCGGGCUCGCCGCCCUCAACGACUACGGGUACACUACGCGCCGACUGAACAGCGUGAGCCUGCUCUGCCCAGCCUAUGCGAAAGACAACGUCCGCGGCUGGCUUAAGACGAAGGGCUACGAGACUUACGGCGACUUUUUUGGGAUCCCGAUCGGCGACCGCGGGUACGGCGGCGAAGGCGCGACAAUCUACGGGGUGCGUGUUAAAUGGGUGAACGACGAAGGGUUUGCGUGGCUAGAGAAGGUCAAGUCGAACGUUAGCAACGCGUGGGUGCUCGGGCUAGAAGCACAGAUCGAUUACUGUGCAAUGGGAUUCGUCGAGCAGUUCCGCAAGCUCGAGGCCAUGACGGCUAACGGUGAGAGUGUGGACAAGGGUUCGCAGGCUGUCGCGAGAGGCGAGUCGAGAUUGCGCAUGGCGGCGCAGGAUAUCUUCUGGUGUCUUGAUAAGGCGGCGCGAACUCGGCAUGUUCUUAACCAUAAGUACCUGCCCACACUGCUCAACGAGGAGUUCUGGGUCCCGUUUACGGACCGCUUCGACGAUGCGAGGACGGAGAUGGCGCGCGCGGGUAUCGAUGUCGCGGCCGUGCUUGCGAAACAUCGUGAUCGAAAGGCGGUUAGAGACCACGAGGCUAUUCUGCGCCAGUUCGGUCUGGGGAAGGAAGGCGUCGUCACGCAGCAGCCCAGCCCGUACGAGGGCAUGCGCACCCUCGCUAACAGCAAGAGCGUGUAUAGCCUCCAGCCAGGGUCGGUGAGUCCGGUCCCCCCUGCCCUACCACAGCCUAACCCCGCGUAUCUAGGACAGAAGACUAAGUCGUUGACUCGUGCCUCGUCUGGGACGGGGAAAAAGGACGGGCUUUUUACCGGGUUGAUGGGGAAGAGGGGCGGGAGCGCGAGGGAGAAGGAACGCGCGAAGUUUCCGAAGAUUAGUGAGCCGUUGGAGCGGGGUCGCGAGUUGACUUUGCCCCGGAGUCAGAGUGUUAGAGGGCCGCCGCGCGAUCCGGCGCUGGUGCCGCUGCCGAGACAGUCGGCGGAGAUUGAGAGGCCUAAUCCGGGGUGGGUUUAG